UAUUUUCAUACUCUGCUCUUUUGGGACUUUCGUGUGUUGAAAUACACUAAUUAACUCGUAAUUAUGCUCGUUGCUUCGGAAUUAAGCCUCUGGCCCGACUCCGCUUUUUGCAGAUCAUCCGAGGACGACCAAAGGCCAGGUCAGAUUCACUCCGUAAAAUAAUCUGAUUUAAACUUACCACUUUAUCACUUGUUUGCCUAUUCUCGUCCGCCUUACAAAUUCGAAUCUGGACUCCUCGUAUGAACAGCACGUAUAUUCCCAUGACUCAUUUACACAUGGAUUUUCUGUCUUCAAUACCACAAAUCGUUUACAAUCCACCUUUGCGAUAAUAACAAAAUCCGUCUGGCAAUCAAAGAAUACCCCGCUCGCACCUCAACUCAACUUUCUUUGUCCCAUCAUUGCUGUGCAAAACAGCUGUAGCCAAAAUGCACGAUCUACGUCGUCAGGCUUUGGAAAGCCAUAAGACCGUUUCGAAGAAAGCACAGUCGCGUCUCUCGACGUCGUCUCGAACAUCUUCAGCGGCAAACUCACGAUCCCAUUCUCGCACCGCCUCAAGAAAUCCAUCUGAUGAUGAGGAAGGCAACCUGAGCGACUCGACAAACUGGAGUGUCAACUCCAUCGAUGAUAUGCUGUCCGCAGAUGUGGCUGAAGAUACCUCAGAAGCAUGGAAGCAAGAUCUCGGCGAUCGCAUAGAGGAGAUUGUAGACAGGAAGAGAAGCAGUAAUCAGGGCCGAGAACUGAGCUUGGCGCAAUAUAGUCAUAUGCUUAUGAGCCACUAUGCAUAUGAGGAAAUUGAUGGCAAAACAUCAGAGCUGUUCCCUGCUUUGAUGAAGAGUGUCAAAUCUGAGAGCAGUGACAAGGAGACGUCCCUGGCGUUGAGAGCUGUUGCACUCACACUCAUCACUGCGCCCUCUGAAACUGUCUACGAUGCGAUAUUUCAAGUGCUCAAACACACAUACACCGAAUCAGAGUCCCACAGCGUCAAAGCUGUAGCAAUUCAUACUCUCAGUGCAGCAGCAAUAUACGGUGGCGCCUCCGAUGCCGAAAUCGAAGAGAUCAUGGACGACCUUCUUGAAAUCGUUGAAUCAGAUGGUGAAUCAGUUGGUGCUGGAGACAGUGGAGAAGUUGUUGCAGCCGCUUGCGAAGCCUGGGGGUUCCUUGCAACAACGAUAGAUGACAUACAAGACAAGACAGAAGCAGCCAUGGACGCUUUUGUUGAACAGUUAGACAGUAGUGAUACUUCCGUUCAAGUUGCGGCUGGAGAGAAUAUUGCCUUGCUGUACGAGAAGAGCUUUACGCCAAGAGAAGCAAACGACGGACCUGCUAGCGAUGAGGAGGACGAGGAAGGAUAUACUAUCGACAAUAGCAUGGUUAAACGCUAUGAAGUCUAUCGACAGAAGAACCAACUCGAGCACAAGCUUUCAGAGCUCGCUAACGAAUCUUCGAAACGAAUUGCCAAAAAGGAUCGCAAAGCUCUACAUACCAACUUUGCUGAUAUCCUAAACACAAUCGAACAUCCAUCAAGAGGACCGAGAUAUCAGAAAGCUAUCGAUAAAGAGACAGGUAGAAGAUAUGGAUCCCGAAUGACCGUUCGCAUUCACAAGACCGGAAGCAUGAAAAUAGACAAAUGGUGGAAGUUGCAUAGACUACAGGCCAUGAGAAGAGUUCUCGGCGGCGGCUUUGUUGAACACUACGUGAAGAAUGAGGUCGUCUUCGACAGUCUGCCCAUCAUGAUCACAUCGGAGAAGUAGAGGAAACAGUCUUUAAAUCUCCUCACAGAGGCGGG